UAUCGGAUAUUUAGCUUCGGCAUCGCACAAAUUUAUGCUAUAUAAAGCAUUCAAGCAAUGAAAUUACCACAUGUAUAUAUUUUACAGGUAAGAGGUCCUCGUCAAAAGAGCCUGAUUCCUCAUUGUGCGGGAGCCAAAGAACUCCACUGAUACCAUUAGAUCAGCUGCAGUCUGGUCGAAACGAUUCGGUGAAAAUCACAAAUUUCGAGAUUGCAAAGCCGCAGACGAAGGAACCUCCACAGAUUCUCGCACUGUCAACUUCGUUACCAGUUGAGAAAAACCAAAAACAUGCCGGAACUUCGGUGGGAACUGAAGACUCUAGCAAAGAAGAAAAAACAUCAGAAGCGGAGAAGGAUCCGAUUCUCGAUGAAAAAUUGCUGCAAGCAAUAGGUAAACGUCCGUACGGGGAAAAAAUAUUCACUCCGGCUAUACACAACGAUCUUCUCGUGAGAUGGAAAGCUGUUCUCAAAGGAGGACUUCCCAAAGAAGAACGGGAAAAGAUAUUCAAGAAAUAUUCGGUUCCUGAGAAUUGUUUGACAAUGGAACCGCCAAAACUGAAUCCAGAGGUUGAAGCGUCGCUUCUCGAGCCGAUUAUAACAAGAGAUAAUCGAAUGGUGGAAAAGCAACGAGAAUUUUCGUUACGUCUCUCGGCUCUGGCCCCUCUCAUUUCAUGUCUCCUUAAGGGAGUUGUGCCGGACUCUAUAUCGCUGUUAACUAUUUUCAGCGAUAUCUCAAGAAUUCUCGUGGACCUGCGACGAGAAGAGUCAAAAACGAGACGCCUCGUUAUUCUAGCAAACCUUAAUGCAGCCAUGAAAGAUACGUUGAAUGCCACGAAUCUGGAUGAAUGGUUGUUUGGAAAGGAUCUAGAAGAAACCUUGAAGGCGGCGAAGUCGCUGGAAAGAUCGUCGAAAUAAUUGAAACCGGGGGAAAAAACCUCUACGCACAAUUAA